UCGGAACCCACUUGAACCACAGUUAGGGACUACGAGCAACAGUGGACAGACAUGUUGACCAAACUUGUUACUCUCUUCGCGGCUUUUGCUGUUACUUCGGCGGCGAUUCUUCCUGAGAUUGCUUCUAAAAAUGGUGUAAGUUACACUUUGGAGUUGAAUUCCUGUAACAGCGGUGAUUGCAUCAAAAUCUGCCGCGCGUUGGGCUUCAAACGCGGGAUAUGCGACGGCAACGUCUGUGAGUGCACUCACGAAGUCAGCAACACUCUCAAAGACUGCAACCUCCGCGCCUGCGAACAAACAUGUCGUCGACUGGGAUUCACCGGCGGCGUUUGCGUCGGCGACCGUUGCGAGUGUGACAACUUCAUGCAGUCGACAGACUGUAGUCAUUCUCUAGAACUAAGUUCUUGUAACAACGGCGACUGCAUCAAAAUUUGUCGCGCAUUGGGCUUCGACCACGGGUCGUGCGACGGCAACGUCUGUGAGUGCAGCAACUUCGCGCACGAAGUCAGCAACACUCUCAAAGACUGCAACCUCCGCGCCUGCGAACAAACAUGUCGUCGUCUGGGAUUCACCGGCGGCGUUUGCGUCGGCGACCGUUGCAAGUGUGAUAACUUCAUGAGCAAAACAGCCGAAACUGACGUCGGCUUCAUGCUAGAUCUCAGCGCCUGCAACAACGGCGACUGCAACAAAAUUUGUCGCGCGUUGGGCUUUCAGCGCGGGUCGUGCGAAGGAAAUGUUUGUGAAUGCACCAACUACAACAGUGAAGAUAUCGCCGCGGAAGCCAAGAAGCUGCCAUUGGAGCAAUGUAACCAGACUAUCUGCACCUACUUCUGUCGUAGCUUUAGGUACACCGGUGGAUGGUGUUUCGGAAAAACAUGUUUUUGCUACUAAAUACUGUCCCAAUACAAGCGGGAAUAUUACACUAAGGUCCGAGCACAUACAUUUAACUAGCACAUACAAUAAACAAUCCAACCAAAAUCAAAAUAUUAUGUCGAACAAAACUUUUUGCUAUGCUGGCGUUGCCUUUAGCGUUAAAACAUUGCAGUAAUAUUAUAAUAUUCUAUAUUCGCUUAUGUCACGUGAAUAUAUUUUUUUACUUAACCCAAAAAAAGUGCACAAUGCUACCUUAACGCUAUUGUUUUUGGCAUUCCUGAUAAUAUUAUGUACUCUAGUCUCUAUCCAAGUGUAAAGUACGUGCAGUGACUAAAGUAAUCGUGACGAUGAUUUUGUCAUUAGAUGUCGAUAUCGAUUUUGAUUUUUGAGUAUUACCUACCUACAUAAACAUUUUUUUA